UCACCGUCAGGCUGAGACUUCUCAUUUAUCUCAGUUCACUUCACUCGGUGCAAACUAGUCUGAAAGCCAGACGUCAGAAGAUAUGCAACGGUCUAUCUUCAGCCGGAGUGCCCUGCUGGCCCAACAGGCGGCAGCGGCCCUGGAAAGUCGGAGCGCGCCCCUGCUCUUGACCCAGGUCCGCUCAUCGUCCUCGGUCACCAUCCCUCCACCUGCGUGCAUGCUGAGGCCGCUGGAAGCUCCACUGCGAUACCUGUUUGGACCAGGACCUUCAAAUGUUCCUCCACGUAUUUUGGCUGCAGGUUCCAAGCCCAUCAUUGGUCACCUGCACCCAGAAAUGUAUGAGAUCAUGAACGAUAUCAAGAGAGGCAUCCAGUACGUCUUUCAGACGGAGAACAACAUGACCAUAGCCAUGAGCGGCUCCGGCCACGCGGCCAUGGAGUGCGCGGUGUUCAACACGGUGGAACCUGGAGAGAGUGUGCUUGUCGCGAUUAACGGUAUCUGGGGAGAGCGCGUGGCAGAAAUCGCAGAGAGAAUGGGUGCCAAUGUUCACAGAAUGGUAAAAACUCCAGGUGAAUAUUUCACUAAUGAAGAAAUUCAACAGGCUGUGGAGAAACACAAGCCUGUUCUGUUUUUCCUCACACACGGGGAGUCCUCUGCCGGACUCUGCCACCCCGUGGAUGGCAUUGGAGACAUCUGCAGAAAACAUAACUGCCUCUUUCUGGUGGACACAGUAGCUUCACUUGGAGCAGCACCGAUUUUUAUGGACAAACAAAAUAUUGACAUCCUGUACACUGGGUCUCAGAAGGCUCUAAAUGCACCUCCUGGCACAGCUCCCAUCUCCUUUAAUGAGAGAGCAUGCCAAAAGAUGUUUAACAGAAAAACGAAACCUGUUUCCUACCUUUUUGACAUGACACAUCUGUCCAACUACUGGGGUUGUGAUGGCAAACCAGCACGAGUAUACCACCACACUGGUCCUGUGUCUGGAUUCUUUGCUCUGAGAGAGAGCCUGGCAAUUGUUGCAGAGAGGGGGCUGGAGGAGUCCUGGAGGAAACACAAAGAGGUGGCUGCCUACCUGUACAGAGGGUUAGAAGACCUGGGCCUCAAGUUAUUCAUUCCUAAUAAGGAUUUGAGGCUUCCCUCGGUCACUACCAUCGCCAUCCCUGAGGGCUAUGACUGGCGGGAGCUCUUGGUUUACAUCAUGAAAAAUCACAACAUGGAGAUGACGGGAGGCCUGGGACCCUCCAUCGGCAUGGUAAUGAGGAUUGGAUUGAUGGGAUACAACUGUGAGAAGACGAAUGCUGACAUGGCACUGCAUGCCCUGGCUGAUGCUCUCAAGAACUGCAAAAAGAGCAAAGCCUAAAGCAGAGCUGUUAUCCCUCAACAUGUGGAGCACCUGAAGCAAUUUGUACAUUUAUGUAUUACAGGUGUGCCUUCAAGAGCAAAUAUUUAAUCAAAAACUGCUUUCAUGAGUAGCAUUUAACCAUGACCUCUGUUUGAAUUGUAUAUCUUGGUUGGAUUUUGCAGUAAAUAAAAAAUGUGUUGUUAUAUAUUCCAUGCUGAA